UUUACAAAAUUGUAAAUCGUUUAAUUGUAAUUGGCAGAGAAACUUAGUACAGUGUUUUAUUAAAAGAUAUAUUAGAACAAGUUAUUUCUAUCAGCUCGCUUGAUAGAAUUGAUCUGCCAACAGUUUUCGGAGGAAUGUUAUGUGAACAGAUUUCUGUGAAAUAUUAUAAGAAACAAAGUUGAACUAAAUUUAGUAAGUUACCUAUAAGUAAUAUCAAAACAAAGCUUUGGAGGAGAAGUCCGGCACUAACAAGGAACAUUUUGUGAGUAACUCAAGUGUCCUCUAUCUCUUUGGAGAGCCUAUUGGAGCAAGGGUGAGAAACUUUCUUCAAAUAGAUUUAUUCCUUCUUAUCCAGCCGUCUCACGUAAAUCCCUAAGAAUUCCUGCAUCCUGUGGCGCUUAAUUUAUUUGCACUUUCAUAAAUAACUGACAGCCCAUCCUACAAGUCAUCGAUUUAGUUUCAUUGAAAUAUUUACACAACAUGGACAACAAUUAUUUAUCAUAUUCAUCCAUGGAAGACAAUGAUGCAUUCAACUGCUUCUCAAGGCCAAUUUACUCUAAUGUUAUUAGUGUGGAUGACUUUAAAACACCUUGCUCAAGUCACAGCACUCUAGUAAAUAAAGAUAAUAUGAAGAAAGAUGCUUGCGACCUUGAAGACAAAGCCAAACCUACUGAAGAAAGUCAGAAACAGAAUUUAUGUUACCUGGAACACAUCGAAACGAACAGAGUAUUAGAAAACAAGAAUGUGAAGAAUGCUUCGAACAUGUAUGAACUCUAUGCUCUAGCCAAAAAAGUUAUCCAGAAAGAUUUGCCCGAAGCUGAAAACACGUAUCCAAUAGUUGACAUGAAUAUCAAACCUACAGCUAAAUCUCCAAGAAAAGGAACAAAGCUGAAGAGGUUUAACAGCACGGAAGCAGUAAUGGAUAUGCAAAUCAAGCCUAGGAGAAAGUCAACAAAUAAACGUAAAAAGGCGAAGAAAGUCAAAUUCAAUAUUAAAAAGUGCGGUGUAGCGCGUUCACAUCGUAAGUAUUUCGGAAUGUUUGAGCAGGACUAUUCGUCAAUGCCAGAGGCGGACGCAGACGAAUGGCUCACUGUAUCCGAGUACUCUUCCAUUUCUAAUGGGUUAGAGCGAGAGUUCCUAUUGGAACCCGAAGACUCUAUUAACAUCAUAGCCAAGAAAGAAUGCAAAGAGGUAGAGGAGAUUCCUGCGACCACAGUAACUAAUUUAGAAGAAAGUUCUGAAGAACAGCCAAGCCAAGAACAAUAAAAUUUUAAAUAGAAUAUAUUUGUUGUAUAUUCUAUAAUUUAUUUUCAAUAAGUUCCGACAAAA